AUGUCACCGGGAGAGAGGGGCAAACCCCCAGCCGUUUCCCUGACGGCGCUGCGGGAUCUUUGCCGCCUGCUGAAGGGGCUGAGACCGGAGCGCGGUAAAUUUCAUGGCUCUUACUUCCACUGCCAGUUGCCCUUGCCUCUCCCAAAGCAGCUGGUGGUUUUUGGCCUGGGGAACUGGGGUCUGCACACAGAGGAGACCUACCUCUCGGUCGAGGUGUCUGUGAGUCCCGAAGUAAAAGCUCAGAAGAUCGGGUCACUUUCAUCGGACACCAGGUGCCUGGUGUGGGAGGGCGAUUGGAGCAGAGACAUUCUGAGCACUGCUGUGGAGGAGGCUGAGCGAGGCAGUCUGUGGACACUGCUGAUCACCAGUGGCCAGGUAGGAACCAGUGCGUCAAUGGUAGAGCUCAUUGAGAGCUCACAGGCUAACAUGGACACAACUCUUCCAUUCACUCCCAUCCCAUUGUACACAAUACCAAACAAUCCAUGUCCAUGUGCUGGGGGAGGGAAGGGCAGGGGCAGGGGAUGGUUGAAACAAGGGAGGCAGUCUGGCUUCUCGAGCAGCACCCCUGUCCUGACGGCCAGAAAGCGUGUGGACCUGGACCCCGCCCUGGUGAGACUGCUGGGUGACAUCUCACCCCUUCUCCUCAGCCCUGACUCCGGCCCCCACCCCGGCUCCUCCCUCACGCCCCGCGCACUGCAGGAGCCGACACAACACAUGGUCCUUGGGCGACAGGAGGCCAACCACACCGGGAGCCCACAAGGCAGCGGCCUGGGCAGGGCGGAGCUGGUGUGCCCGAGCCCUCGCUGGGGUCACACGCUGUGUGUGACUGACCCGGACACAGUGAUCCUCAUUGGGGGCGCAGGGCCGGGGCAGCAGUGCUGUCACGAUGCAGUGUGGAAACUGGAGAUCAAUGAUGGUGAUGAUUUCUGGUUCCCGUUGGCUGGUGUCCCCUCUCUGCCCCCCGGUGCCCGCGGUCACACCGCCACCCACGACCCCGACACCCACCGCAUUUACGUGUUUGGGGGAAAGAACAACGGGGAACGGUUUAACCGUAUCUACAUCCUGGAUACGCUGACCUGGAAGUGGUCACACGUGAUGGGCCAGGGCAGGGUCCCCACACUGGCGUAUCACAGCGCAGCGGUGUUUGGGGGGGAGCUGCUGGUAUUCGGGGGGCUCGUGGUGGGGCCGGGGGGGCGGCACAGCUGCAGUAACGCUCUCUACAUCUUCAACCCCGAGCAUCACAUCUGGUACCAGCCCAUCGUGGGGGGCCACAGGCCACCGGCUCGCUGCGGGCACACGGCCACUCUCCUGGGCAAAUCGUUGCUGCUGUUUGGGGGCUACAGCGGCCGUGUGUGUCUGAAUGACCUGCACAUGCUGGAUCUUGGGCUAAUGGAGUUCUCACAGCUGACGGCCUCCGGGGCUCCAACACCGCGAUGCUGGCACGCGGCUGUGGCUAUGACAAUGAACUCGGUGCUGAUUAGUGGCGGCUGGAACCCGAACGGGGGCCUACAGGACCUCUUCACCUUCAACAUCGACACGUGUAACUGGAGCAGAGUGUGUGCCGAGGGCCUGUGUGUGGUGCCGCGGGCCGGUCACAGUGUGGUGAGGCUGCCCCCCCGCCUCGCUCACACCGGCGCUCACACACACGGGCGGCGGCUGCUGCUGUUCGGCGGCUCUGACAACGACGGGACAUUUUACAACGACACGAUCCGUGUGACGCUGGAGCUGCCCGAACCCCAGAGCCCCUGA